AUGCGCUGCAGCUCUCUACCCAGGCAGCAGCACAAACACAAUACACACAACUGCUGCUGUCUCCUUUCAGCAGCAGCAGCAGCAGCAGCAGCACCAGCAGCAAAGCCAUUCGGCAUAUAUCACAAGAACGACAUGGAGCAGCAACAGCAGCAGCAGCAACAGCAGCAGCAGCAGCAGCAACAGCAACAAACCCGAGGCAGCAGUAGAACCACAGCGAACAAGCAGCAGCAGCAGCAGACCAGCAGCAGCACCACCACCAGCAGUCGCAGCAGCAACAACAGCAGCAGCAGCAGCAGCAGCAGCAGCAGCAGCAGCAGCAUUUACUUGGAGCGCAUGCAGAAGUGUUUGAGGGUGUUUGCUGCUUGCAGAGACAAAAGACAGUCCUCAAGGCAAUCGGGAGAGCUGAUGCUCGUCAGCAGCUGCAGCAGCAGCAGCAGCAGCAGCAGCAGCAGCAGCAGCAAAAGCAGCAGCAACAGCAGCAGCAAGGAUAGCAGAAUGAGCAGCAGCAGGAGCAGCAGCAACAGCAGCAGGAGCAGCAGCAGCAGCGGCAGCAACAACGGCAGAAGCAAGGAUAGCAGAAUGAGCAGCAGCAGCCAGCAGCAGCAGCAACAGCAGCAGCAACACCAGCAGCGACAGCAGCAGCAACGGCAGCAGCAACAGCAGCAGCAGCAGCAGCUUUGUGGAAAGCUACAGAGGGAUUCAGUUUAUCCCUUUCAUUCUACUCAACUGCGGUUACAUCUCUUCUAG